AUGACUAUCAAGAAAAGAUCUGAAAAGGCUGAAGUGCUGAGUAUCGGCGAAGUCGAACGAGAAAAAUCGGUGGAGCACAGCGUUUUCGCAAGAGUGUUCGCGAAGACAAGACAGGCGUCUCGGAAGUUGGACUCGCUAGGUGUUGAGACUCGUGGUAUUCAAAGAAUCCUUCCGUAUGAAAGAGGUACGUCCAAGCAGUUUUUGAGUGUUGCGGGUCUUUGGUUGAGUGCCGCAGGCGGACUAUCGUCAAUGUCGUCUUUUUUCCUAGGGCCGCUACUGUUUGAACUGACAUUUCGUCAGUCUCUCGUCAGCGGGCUUAUUUCGAUGGCUAUCGGAUGCGGUGUGGCGGCUUACUGCUCAAUCAUGGGACCUCAGUCUGGCUGUCGUCAGAUGGUAACUGCGCGGUACUUAUUUGGUUGGUACUUUGUGAAGUUUGUUGCCCUGGUGUCUAUUAUUGGUGUAAUGGGAUGGAGUAUUGUGAACUGCGUGGUGGGAGGCGAGAUGCUCGCGGCGGUGUCGGACGGCAAAAUACCAAUCUGGAUCGGAAUUGUGAUCGUUACCGUGCUGUCGUUUCUCGUUGCCAUUUUCGGCAUUAAGCAGGUUCUGAGGGUAGAGACUUUCCUCUCCAUUCCUGUGCUUACCUGCUUCCUACUGCUGUACAUUUCAUCCAGCGAUAAAUUCAACUUGGUAGAUUCAUUCAAGGCCGAUAAUGUUGAUUCCCUGACUACUAAGGGACAUUGGCUGUCGUUUUUCUCUCUAUGCUACAGUAUCACUUCAACAUGGGGAUCCAUCACCGCUGACUAUUACAUUUUGUUCCCUGAGGACACCAAGUCCUACCAAGUUUUUUUGCUCACGUUCUUCGGAACUUUAUUGCCUACAACUUUUGUCGGAGUUUUGGGAUUGAUUUUAGCCUCUUGCGCAGCAGCUUACGCUCCUUGGGCGGCAGAAUACGAUACAUAUGGAAUGGGUGGACUUUUGCAUGCCGGUUUCGCGCGUUGGAAUGGAUUUGGUAAAUUCUGCGUUGUGGUGUUGAUUCUCAGUUUGAUCUCGAACAACAUUAUAAACACAUAUUCUGCCGCAUUUUCGCUCCAGCUUUCUAGCAUUCACAUGGCGCGCGUUCCGCGCUGGAUCUGGGCCAUUGCCUGCACAAUCUUUUAUCUGGUAUGCGCUUUGGCGGGCAGAAACCAUUUUAGCGAAAUUUUGGGCAAUUUCCUGCCAAUGGUCGGCUACUGGAUCAGCAUAUAUUUCAUCAUAUUGCUGGAGGAGAACGUCAUCUUCCGGGCCAACUUCCUAAACUUGUACACCAAGGAGUUCCCACCUUGCGAUGAUCAUCAUCCAGAGGCCAGUGCGUCCACACAGAAGACCGUGCGGGACUUGAAGACUCUCAUGUCAUCGUACACGAAGAAACACAAUUAUAACUGGGAUAUGUGGGACAACCGCGACGUUUUGACCCACGGCUACGCUGCUACGUUUGCGUUUUUAGUCGGUGUUGUGGGCGCCAUUCUAGGAAUGGCUCAGGCCCACUGGAUCGGGCCUGUUGCGCGCAAAUUCGGCGAGGAAGGUGGUGAUUUGGGAAUGUGGCUCAGCAUGGGAUUUUCAGGCGUUGUAUACCCUGGAUUGAGGUACCUCGAGCUACGCAAAUACGGGCGUUAA